CAACUGAUAACGGCCAUGACUCGUACAGAAAAUUGACCACUGAUUAGAGCUAACAAGCAGCAUAACUUUCAUUUGAUUGCUGGUUGCGUCACAGAGAACAGUACCUCGCAGUUUCCGUGGUAAGUACGCUGCUUCCUUUUCAGUUACAUAAUCAACUACUUAUAUUUUCGAAAGUGUAUCUCAGUGUUCGUGGCUGAAGCAGCAGUUGGUGAUUAGGCUAGUGCUCUGAGCUCGUCUUCCACAUAGGGUAAGUUAGAGUUUUCGUUCCCAGAAGCUCAUAUGUAAGUUGUGUUUGCGUUUGCGUUUGCGUUUGCGUUUGCGUUUGCGUUUGCUGAUGAUUCUCGUCCCUGCAAGCGAUUGUCUACAGCAUAAGUUUGGGGCUAACUGCUUGAACAGCAGAAAUGUUAAUGUGAGAACAGUUGAGUUUCAGCUUGAUUCUGUAGCCAAUACUAAACUACCUGGCAUAAAGAUAGACAACUGUUUUUAAACAACGGUAUCGAAUAUAGGAAAGCGACUUGGCCUUUUGAAAAGAACAGAUACAUCAUGUUCUGUGACUGAAAGCUGGGAAGUUUUACAACUCACUUAUCCAGCUAAUAUCUGACUACGGAGGUUAUUGUCUUGGGGACAUGAAGCAAACCGAAGCCGCACGUCGAUGCGCCAGAGUAAUCCUAGACAAAAAAUGACACACCCCCUCGGGGCCUUUAUUUAGAGACUAACGUGCCAUGAUUUGAUAAGAGACAAGAACGCGCUUAUAGCAUCAUUCACUCUCGCUUGCUUGGAGAUUACAUCGAGAAAGCUUAGGAUAACUGUACAGGAAUAUUUUUAUUCAUAAAAGUGGUCCUGUCUAUGUGACCGGUAUUACCGGAGAAAAUGGUACCGUCCAGCGGGACAUCCUGAGUUUUAGCAACAUUUGUUAGGAGGUAUAUCAUAUCUGGGUUUUUUAUUGCUUAACGGUCAUUCUUUAGGUUUCCAAAAGGCCAGGGUAACUAAACAGGAAUGUUUUUUUUAUCGUAAAAAAUGCCUUGUCCUUUUGGCCUGCAUUAUCUGAGGAAAUAGCACCGCCUAGCAGGACAUCCUAAACUAUGUCAGCAGUUGCUUGCAUGUAUUUUUACAUGUACAUGACAUGCAGCUUGUUAUUGUUACAUUGUAUACAUACCUUGCCCUCUGAAGGCUUUUUCCCACCAGCCGGGGACAGCUGAACAAAGAUAGUUUUAUUCAUUCCUUGUUGUUGUUAUCACCUAAGAAUGUCCACCCAGGGGGACAAUCUAUAGGGAGUACUCUCUGAAUAACUCAGCGAUUUUCUUUAGCCCGUGAAUGUAAUGUUUUUCUGCAAUGCUGUAUCACUCUGGGCCCAGCUCGUUAGUUUUGUUUGGAGAAUGUUAAAUUAUUAUGCAUCAGUCAAUUCCACCUGCGUCCACCCCCCCCCCCGGGCAACUGCGAGGCAUUUGCCCGCCUUGUCAGUCCCGGGGGUGGGGCAUUUGCAAAUUUUGCACUGCCCAGGGGCCGGGCAUUUGCCAACCCCCGGGCCAUUCCCGAGCUUUUGACACGCACGCAGCUUCCCAUUAGAAUAUAACUACAAAGAAGGUUUUACUGGAAAAAAGCAGAUUGGCUCGUCUGUAAAGUACAGGAAUAUAUUGUAGAGGGUUGUAAAGGCAUGUUCUCAAUUUUACAUGUAUGUUGCAUUUCUUUAUUGCUUAUAAAGCCAGAAUUACGUAGCAAAAUUGGAGCUGUAGAUGUGAAUCAAAUUUCUGUUGAUAUUAUUUGAAGAACAUCCUUUCAUAUUUAUAAAACUAUUCAUAACAUAUAACAUUACAUCGCUCUAUUAAUUUUAAUGUCACUAAUUUUAUAUCAAUACUAAAAUUAUAAACUGGUGCGUGUCGUCGUGGCGUGAAGUCUCAGUGAGAACCCUAGCGCAUUACAAAGGAAGACGUUAAUUGAAACAAUAAAAUCGCACAUUAAAAUGCUUAAAAUGGUACUAUUUGACUGUACGAUCAAUGAAAAAUGUUGCAGUGUUGAUGGAGGACGGGGCAUUUGCCCUCUUUUUUCGUCCUCACCCCUGGGGAUUUGACAGCUCAAGAGUCCCCACCCCUGGGAAUUUGCCAUCCAAGGCAAAAAAAAUGCUAAUGCCCGGGGGUCAGCCCGGGAAGGAGGGGGGGGGGGGGGCUGGGCUCAGGUGGAAUUGACUGAUGCCAAGAGAGGAUAAAGGGGACAGAGAAGGCAUCCCCCAUACACACGCUAUUCCAUAGGUAAUUCGUCUCGAGUUAUUUUUAGAAUCGGGAUAAAGUUACCUCUCACGCUGCGUGGUUUUUUCGUGGAGGUUUCGCAUGACUAAACGCCGUGCAAAACAGUCGGGCGAAAGGCAAUGAAAGCGUAAAGAGAUCGAGAGCAUUCUUGAAUAUUGACGCGAAAUGAGUCGGCGCUCACCUGGGAAAAGGGAAUCGCUAGACUCUUUGACAACCCGUGAAAUCAAUUCAAAUCGAAGUUGUCGUAACCUCAGUGCUUUAAUAAAAUGAGAAAUUUCGCCGGUCUCUUGAAACCGUUCGUUUGUACGAUAAAGCAAGUAGGACGCCAAGUGUUAUUUUUGUUGAAUAAUAACAGACUAAUAAAAGAAUAAAUAUGAAACCAGCAAUUGCUCUCUUCAAACUGUAAAUUACAAAUGAUCCUGAAAUAAUAUUCAGUAUGUUAAGGAUUUCCCUGUUGUACUGUUAGCUCUAUACAAGAGAGGAAGGGCGAUUCUUUUUUAAUUUCCGUUUCGCCGACACAACUUUAGCAGAAAUCUCUCUGUAGUCGUUUUCCUUGACAGACGAAUAGCCGUCUUCCGCCAUUUUGUUCUGCGUCAAUUCGUGAAGGACGCGUGGCUCUGAGCGUGGGUCAUCCACGCGGAACACAUUCACGCUAUGUGAUUGGCUGUUGUCUAAACCCCCUUGGGAUCUGUGGUCUUAAAAAUAACUCCAGACGAAUUACCUAUGGAAUAGGGUGUGUAUGGGGGAUGCCUUCUCUGUCCCCUUUAUCCUCUCCUGCUGAUGCAUUACGGAUAGUGAUUUACAGGUCGUGUGUACUCUUGCAAAAAAACGUGACACUGAGUAGAGCGGACGUACAAGGCAAUAAUCAAUUUCCUCCUGCUACUUUUUAUAAAAAUGAAAACCCUGAUAACAAUGAUAAUUAUUAUUAUUUAUACUUAGGUGAACGAGUGCUGAGUAGACGUUAAUUAGUUGUAAAAACAUUCACCUGAAACGAAAUUUAAUGCCCUCAACUCUUAGUCAACCAAUUUAUCCUAAUCUCCCCUCAAACGUCACUGAUAUUUUUUCCACAGGUGGAAACAAGGGUUUUUACUUCAGCUCUUGUGAAGGCAAUUUGAAAAACUGUACGUUAAUAAAGGUGAGCUUCCUAAUUCGUCGAAUUAUUCAUGUAUCUUCAUUACUGAACUUUGAAAAACAGACGUCAAACUUGUUUGUUCACCUCCUACUUUUCUUUUCUAAGUAAUCAAACUUUAUUCAAUUCAAAUUCUUUCUAAAGGUAGACGAACAACAGAAGAGAACGGGCAAAAGUGUGAAACGAAAAGGAGUAAAAGAAAACAAGUCAUGCAAUUAUCUUCAUCCGAGUGCAUCACCUGGUUUGCUGCAACCCUUACCGUGUGUGCUGCUAUAGUAACAGUGAACCUUCUAUCAAUCAUUCUUUUUAUAAAAAACCGCAGUCUUCGCACUCGUGCCAUGUACCUAGUUAUAAGCCUGACCAUAGCUGAUAUGUUUGUCGGAGGAUUUUCUCACCUUCAUCCAUUUCGACUCCUCUCACUAUACUCAUGCGACAUUGUGAAAAUGAACUUCAGCCGGGAACUGAAUGUGAUAAUUAACUUUCUCUUCCCCUGGUUUCCUCUGACCUCUCUAACGAACAUUGCAGUCAUUUCAUUAGAUCGGAUGCAUGCAACAAUUCGUCCCUUCAGGCAUCGCCUCAUCAAAAAGUGGGUCUACGGGGUAACAAUUGCUGGUAUCUGGGUUUUAGCUGCAAUGGUAUCAACUGCAACUUUAAUACUUCAGAAAUAUGAGAAGGAAUGGUCGCAUGGUCUUUACUUAUGGCAAUCAUACUGUUGUUUGUGUCUAUUUGUUAUCUGUGUUUUUUACUCUUCCAUUGUUGUUAAAUUUUUGUGUGGAGCGCAUCCUCAGCACCAUGGAGCAGCCAACAAACAAAGGAAACUGACCGUAACACUAUUCAUAAUGACUAUCGUAUCCUUAUUGAUGUGGCUACCACAUGCGGUUUAUAUUUUUCUUCUAUUUCAAUCUUUGACUAGUACCAUGGAAUUCCUUUCUUCCGAGAAAUUAGUACGUUUAGAGUUUUUUUUAUUCAUUCUAUCUCUUAUGAACUCGCUUGUUAAUCCCAUCGUUUACACAAUCAGAAUGCCAGAGUUUAGGAAAGCUCUCCUGCUGUUAUUUAAACGUCAACGAAGACAAAAUGUCCGAGAUACUCCUCUUCAUGCGCUUUAAUGUACUUUGUUUAACACUUGGAAGCCAAUUAAUGAUUUCCUCAUCUUCAUAAUAAAAAACAGUAGUUGAUUGUAUACUAUUACUUCGGCCUUUAAAGUUCGAUAAAAAGGCCGUAAAUAAAUGUUGUGGUGCAAUUUUUUCCUUGGUUGAAAUGCGUUUUUCCUUUGUUUUAAACUCUGAUUCUCAAUCGUACAUAACUAUACCGCAACACAAAGGAAAACAAAAUCUAAACCAUUGAUGAGUUGAACCACAGUAUUUCGUCAAAUACUACAACUAAAUAUAGAGCCGGUUAGUAGUCUCGUUUAUCUUUUCGUUACGUUUAGUAUGCUUCCAAAAAUAUGAAAAGAUAUCCUUGACAUUUCCUUGUUUAGAGUUAGUCAUUAUGAUUGUGGUCGCAAAACAUAAAAUAUAUCCAUUAUGUACAUUAAGUGCAGUUGUUUAGUUCUUAAUUUGUUAUUUCACAACGCGAUAUCUACUUUAAUAAUGCGAC